AUGGAGGUGAUGGGGGGGUCACAGCACAGCCCCCCCAGGCUGCUGGUGGAUGAUGGUGCUGUGCUCCUGAGCGACCAAUGGCGAGCGGCAAAGCUGGAGCUGCAGAGAGAUUUUAUCUGUGUCCUGGACGUUGACUUCCUGGAGCUGGUGCUGAGCUCGUGGAAGGGCAAUGGGGAUGGGCAGAGCCCGGUCCCCCCCCACGCCUGCCCCACAGCCACCAUCAACCAGCAGGACCUGACGGACGCCCUGCGUGAUGCCCCACGCCUGCCCCACGGCGCCCCACAGCCCCCAGGUAUGGCCUCGGAGGGCGCCCCCUGUCUGCGCUGGCUGCUGCCGGGGCCGCUGCGGCUGCGGGAGGGGCACUUCGGGCCCGGGGGGGGGAGCGGCGGGUGCCGGGAUCGGCUCCGCCCCCCCCCGGGGCUCCCCCCACCGCGGGAACGGCUCCUGCUGCGCGACGCCAGCCUCCGAUGGCAGCUCUAUGGGGGGCGGGACUUCGGGGCUGGCCCCGCCCCCGCCACGCGGACCUGGAGCUGCGCGACCGCCUCGGGGGGGGGGACGGGGCCCCCCCCUUCCUGUGCCGGCACCCCCGGGGGGCCCCCCCCCCCGCAGCCCCCCACGCUGUGGGUCAAGGCCCUGCGGGUGCUCCCACACCCGCCCCCCCCCGGGGGGGUCCCCGAGUGCUGCCUGAGGGUGGCUCUGGCUCCGCUGCGCCUGCACAUUGACCAGGACGCCCUCCUCUUCCUCAGGGAUUACGUCAGCAGCUUCAUGGCACUCAUGGACCCCCCUCCGGACCCCCCCCAUGGUUCCGGGACCCCCCCAGGGCUGGAGAAGGAAGAAGCUGAACCGGAGAAUCCGGUUUACUUCCGUGAGUUCCGGUUCACGGCUGAGGUUCCAGUGUUCCUGGAUUACCAUGGGAAGCGCGUCAGCAUGGAGCAGGGUGCCCUCGCCGGGAUCCUCAUUGGCCUGGCCCAGCUCAACUGCUGCCACCUGCGGCUGCGGCGGCUCUGCCACCGGCAUGGGCUCCUGGGCCUCAGUCGGGUUCUGUCCUUCGCGGUGUCCGAGUGGCUCCGGGACAUCCGGUGCCACCAACUGCCAGGGCUGCUGGGGGGGGUGGCCCCGGUGCACGCGGUGCUGCGGCUCUGGCGGGCACUGCGGGAGCUGCUGCUGUUGGGGGCCCCCCCCGGGGGGGUCACUCGGGGGGUGACAGCUCUGGGGGCAGCCUCAGCCUCUGCUGCAGUGAGUGUGGGCUGCAGCCUCCUGCGGGCACUGCAGGCGCUGGCUGAGGCCCUGUACGCACUCGUGGCCCCCCCCACCCCCCCACGGGCCCUGGAGGCCUCCCCAGAGCCUUCAGGCAACCACCAGCAGGUACCGACCAGUAGGGACCAGUAUGGGCUGGGGGGGUCCCAGUGCAUCCCAGUACAUCCCAGUUUGGGGUCCAUGGGGUCCCAGUAUGGCCCAGUCUGGGGUCCAUUGAAUCCUAUUAUGGUCGGGGGGGGGUUGAGUCUCCCAGUAUGA